AUGAAGCAACCACAUGUUUGUGUCACUGCUGAGGCAGAAGAGAAUCAUCUGCAGCUCAAUUCUAGGUUCAUUACAAGGCAGUUAUGCCCCGUGGUGAAGCAUAUGCCAACCAUUACGGUGUCCAUGUUGGUUGAGAUCAUCUUCCAACGGAUGGAUCGGUUCCCCCUUCUUGAUCCAAGGUUCGAUGAGCACCACCGGGCUCGGAGGAUCGAGAACGGAGAGGUUUUGAAUGUGCUGAGGCCAAUGACACAUGAGGCCUCUACGACCUUGGUCUACGAUGAGAGAUUUGGAUGUGGAAGAGGCUUCCAGUUGGGAGACCGCAUCAGUUUGAUCCCCCACAACCUUGGUUUCCUCAAGGAGACGCAGUUGUCGCCCCUACCGUGGCACACCUCUAUGAGCGAGCCCACAGAACUUACCACGUGUCACGCCACGCGUACAUCAGCUUCACCAACGAGCUGGACACCCUUUUACCACAGCAUGUUCAACAGACAAAAAAAGAAGAAGAUCACCAACUGGCAGCUGGAGCACCAGCGCUACAUUAAGCAAGACAUUGCUGACAUUGUGAGCGAGGAUGAGGGCAACAACCCAUAUGACCAAGCUACCCGAGAAGGCAGGCAAGUUGAGAUCGCCCCUACGUUAGCCAAAGCUAGCACGGAGAUAAUGAGGACAGUGGCCGAGCAAGGAAGGGCAUUGAUGAUUCCUGUGGGCGAUCCUGAUGAGGCCUCCAUGUUACGACAGCACAUUCAGCGUGCCAUGCAUCGUCUCCGAAAGGUAGCUGCACGCCUUGGAUGUAGACGUGCCCCGGAUGUGGCAGUCCCACAACAGCUUGGUGCUGGACCUUCUACUGCACAUGUUGGAGGGACUUCAUCUUCACAUGGUGCACAUGUUGGUGGGACUUCUUCACAUGGUGCAGCAACUAGUGCAGAGGGUGGUCAAGGACAUGGUCCUUAUGAUGAUGAAGGAGAACACCAGGGAGAAGAUGAUGAAGGACAGGGAGAGUACUAUGAGCAUGAGUAUGAUGAGAUUGGCAUGUCCCAGCUUGAAGAUGCACCCUAA